AAAAAAAAAAAAAAAACUCAUCUCAAAUUAGGGUUUAAGAAUUGGCGCCUUGAGAGUUUAGCCGAGACUGAAUAAAUUGUAUUCGGAGCUCGACCCAAUCGUGUGAUCGAGAAAAUGGCAACAGUUGCUGCUUCAAGAAUUGGAUCGGUGCUACCCCGGCCGGUGACAUUUGUGACCGGCAACGCCAAGAAGCUCGAGGAAGUUCGAGCAAUCUUGGGCAGCUCCGUUCCUUUCCGGUCUCUCAAGCUUGACUUGCCGGAGUUGCAAGGCGAACCAGAAGAUAUAUCGAAGGAGAAGGCUCGGCUGGCUGCUAUCCAGGUUAAUGGGCCUGUUUUGGUGGAAGAUACGUGCCUCUGCUUCAAUGCUCUGAAAGGUCUUCCAGGGCCAUACAUCAAGUGGUUUUUGGAGAAGAUUGGCCAUGAAGGUCUGAACAAUUUGUUGAUGGCAUAUGAGGACAAGUCAGCAUAUGCUCUAUGCAUCUUUUCAUUUUCUCUUGGGCCUGAAGCUGAACCCAUCACAUUUUUGGGAAAGACUCCGGGAAAAAUUGUUCUUCCGAGGGGCCCUAAUAAUUUUGGUUGGGAUCCAAUUUUUCAACCGGAUGGCUGCAAUCAAACGUAUGCUGAAAUGCCCAAGGAAGAAAAGAACAAGAUAUCUCAUCGAUACCGAGCCCUUGCUCUGGUGAAAUCUCACUUUGCUGAAGCUCAUUACACCUACCAGAGCCAAGAAUAAAGGUUGUCUCUAUCUUGUCCUGCCAUUACAGACUAUUUACAAGCCUUUUGCAGCAAGUGCUGAUAAUGAUAUCUAGAGUUUUCUACACUGGUCUCUGGGAGUUUAAGAUAUAUUGCCAUGGUGGGGUUUUUGGGUUUAAUGCUCUUCUAAAAUUUAAACUCAGAAACCACACCUUGUCAUAUGUGAUAAAUUACAGUUCUUUAUGCAUGAAAUGAAAGAUUAGAUUAGAAGAUGGAUAAGAAGGAAAUAGGAAAUACAACAAUAAUUGUUAUGGAGUAUAUUGCUUUCAAUGCAAUGAAUUGGGAGAAGAACAACUCAGCAUCUUUAAAGUGCAUGUCUGAGGAGUUUGCAUUUGUAACUAAGUGAAAAUUCAUCCUUCUACUUCUGUCUCCUUGUACAUAUCCAUUUGGGAAAAACUUUUGGGCCCAACCCACAUGCUUCCACAUUGGUUUUUCCAUCAUCCAACGCUGGAAAUCAAUACUCUCCACUGUUCUUAUGA